UUGAGUUGCUACAGACCCACCGUGCUGUUCGGGACACCCAGCAACAAUGAAGAUUUAAAGAGAUUCCCUGAAGAAAGGAAGCUGGAAUUAACAUCGAAUGGGAUUAUGGAUUCAGUGAGGAGGCCACCAGCUAAGUACCGAGCUGUUUCUCAGUGGCUUCAUGUGAUGUUGGGAUUCCUGGUUGGAUGGUCCGUGGCAGGGUCAAGUGAACCUCUGAUUCUUCAUAUUGAUGAAGAACAGCCAGCUUACAGUAUCAUUGGUGAUAUAAAUGCAGGUCUACCACCUGGUCACAUAACCAGCAGUUUCUUUACACACGAGACAGAUGGCACCGGUAUGUCUUCUGACUUAAUCAUUGACGAAACAACAGGGAUUAUUAAGACUGCCAGGGUGUUGGAUCGCGAGUCCAGGGAUAAGUACAAGUUUGUUGCAGUGAAUUUGGGAGGUGAUACAGUUGAGGUGGUGAUAUUAGUCAAUGAUAUAAAUGACAAUGCUCCAGUCUUUCCCAGCAGUCAGAUGCGACUGAAGAUACCUGAGCAAACGCCUGUGGGAACACGAUUUCGCUUAGAUUCAGCUAUUGAUGCAGAUGGAGGCCAAUUUAGCACACAGGGAUAUCUUAUACAAGAUGGAAAUGUGGGGCAAUCCUUUAGGCUGGAAACUAAAAGACUAACAGAGACAUUAGACCUGGAACUUGUGGUCAAUAAUCCCCUGGACAGGGAAGAGAGGUCCACUUACACAUUGGUGAUUGAAGCCUUUGAUGGUGGAACUCCCCGCAAAACAAGUCAGAUGACUUUGUAUGUGUCCAUUUUGGAUGUUAAUGACAAUGCUCCAGUAUUUAAUCAGACUCGAUACCAUGCCAUAAUCUCAGAAAGUUUACAGCCUGGCAGCAGUUUUCUCCAGGUCUUUGCCACGGACAUAGACGAAGGAAAUAAUGGAGUGGUUAUUUAUGAGAUCAACAGGAGGCAGAGUGAUCCCAGCCAGUACUUUGCCAUAGAUUCAACGACCGGUGUAAUCAAAUUAAACAAAGGAUUGGAUUAUGAAAUGAAGAAAGUUCAUGAGCUAGUGGUCCAAGCUCGAGACAAUGCUACACACCCUGAAGUAACAACAGCAUUUGUUACUGUUCAGGUCAAGGAUUACAAUGAUAACCAGCCCACUCUUACUAUCAUCUUUCUCAGUGAAGAUGGUUCACCUCACAUCUCUGAGGGAGCUCAACCUGGCCAAUUUGUGGCCAGGAUCUCUGUAUCUGAUCCUGAUUAUGGAGAAUAUGCCAAAGUCAAUGUAUCCUUGGAUGGUGGUGAUGGUAAAUUUGGACUGACUACCAAGGACAAUAUUAUUUAUUUGAUCUGUGUGGACCAGAUGUUAGACAGAGAGGAGAAAGAUAGUUACCGGCUCAGUGUUACAGCAACUGAUUCUGGAACACCACCUCUGAGGGCAGAAUCCACAUUUACCAUUCAUGUAACUGAUAUUAAUGACAACCCACCGGUGUUUGACCAUUCAGGGUAUAGACAGUCCAUUCCAGAGGUUCUAUACCCUGGGAGUUUUGUGCUACAAGUAACAGCAAGAGAUAAAGAUGAAGGCAUUAAUGGUGAUAUUGUAUACAGCAUUGUCAAUAGUCCAGAGUCUCAUUCUGAUUGGUUCACCAUUGAUCGGGUUACUGGAGUUAUUACCACAGCAUCAACUCUGGAUUAUGAAACAGAUCCAGCUCCCACGUUGACGGUGGUGGCCACUGAUCGAGGAAAUGUGCCCCUGUCUUCCUCUGUUACUGUCACCAUAGCGAUCCAGGAUGUUAAUGAUAAUGAGCCUGUGUUCAGCAGAAACUUCUAUAAUACAUCAAUCAAAGAAAAUGAACCACCUGGGACCUGCUUCCUCCAGAUCUCUGCCACAGAUGCUGACAGUGGAAGUUUUGGAAGCAUUACUUAUUCCAUUGGAUCUGGGAUUGGCAGCUUACCACCCACUCAGUUCACCAUUGACCAACACACAGGUCAAAUUUGCACCUCAGGAACCUUGGACAGGGACGAGGAGCCCGACCACUAUGAAUUUACGGUGACUGCAGUCGAUGGGGGUGGACUGAACUCCAUGGCCUAUGUGAAAGUUUAUCUGGAUGAUAUCAAUGACAACAGGCCAGUGUUCUACCCUGUGCAAUAUGCAGCCAGUCUGAGCACGCAGAGUCUACCUGGAACAGUGGUGCUCAGGGUCUUUGCUUACGACAAGGAUGGAGGGAGAAAUGGGAAGCUGACCUAUCGCAUCAUCGCAGGCAACUUGCCUCCCCUGUUCACCCUCAACAGAGACACGGGAGUUGUUUCACUUGCAUCUUCACUGCGCUCUGGAGGGGACUCAGUGCAGCAUUUGGUCAUCUCCGCCCAGGAUGCAGGUGGUCUCUCGUCUCUGGUCAACGCUGUUGUGAACAUCAGCAUCGUAUCAGGUUCGAUCUCACCACCGCUCUUUGAGCAAGCUCAGUACUUCUUUACAGUGCUGGAGGACACGAGGAGUGGCUCCCCAAUUGGCCGUGUUCGGGCUUUAAACUCUCCAGGUCAUUCUGACUCCGUCUUUUACACGAUUUCAUCUGGAGACCCCAAUGGCUACUUUGCGAUCGAUCUCAGCUCAGGAGUGAUUAGGGCCAACACCCCACUGGAUCAUGAGUCUCAUCCAGUUGUAAUAUUGGAUGUCCAGGCUCACAGUGGCUCUCCGCCUGCCUACAGUGGCACCAAGGUCAAGAUCACUGUCUCUGACGUCAAUGACAACACGCCAACAUUUCCAACCUCCUCCGAGUCUAUUCUUGUGCCAGAAAACACGGAGAUUGGUUCUGUCAUCUACACGGCCAGUGCAGAGGACCAGGACAGUGGAGCCAAUGGCCAAGUACAGUUUGAUCUCAUCUCAGGCUCAGAGAGAACCUUCAGCAUCGAUCGAACUUCUGGAAAGCUCCGUCUGAUUGGAUCCUUGAGCUACGAGAUGGUACCUCGCUAUGACUUGAAGAUUGUGGCCAAGGACAGUGGUGCUCCACAGCUCAGCUCAACAUUCACUCUUGUCCUUCACGUGCAGGAUGAGAGCGAUACUGCCCCGAUCUUUGACACUUUGACCUAUCGGGUUGAGGUCAAGGAAGGGACUCCUAUCAAUCGCCGGUUUCUCCAGGUGCGUGCAUUAAGUCAGGACACCAGAGGUGGCCAUAUCACUUACCACUUGCACCCUGAUGAAGACUCUGCCAAUUUUGGAAUAGUCUCUGAAAGUGGAUGGUUGUUUGUGAAGAGCGCUCUAGACCGGGAGAACAAGGACCUCUUCAGCCUCACUGUCGUGGCUUCCAGCAGUGAGGGUGAACAGACAAAAACAGGGACCACGAUGGUCAGAAUCUGCAUCACCGACGAGAAUGACAAUGCACCGAAACUCAGUGAGGACAGGUACUUCUUCACUGUGCAGGAGAACAUGGCACCAGCAUCAACCAUUGGACGCAUCUUGGCCACAGAUCGUGAUCAUGGACUCAACAGCAAGCUGACCUACAGACUGCAGCCAGCACACACAAGCUUCCGCAUCAAUUCACAGACUGGUGAGAUGAGUUCUGUGGUGACCUUUGACCGGGAGGUUCAGGCCAGCUACCAGCUGACGGUGGUAGUUCAGGAUGGCGGUUCACCCCCACGCAGCGUCACCGGAUCUGUCUAUGUGAUGGUCUUGGAUGAGAAUGACAAUGCCCCCAUCUUCACCAACAUGCCAGUGGGAGAGGAGCUUGUUCUUCAGAUUUUUGAAGGAAACUUAUCUGGAAAUCUAGUGACUACCCUCCAGGCCAAGGAUCCAGAUGAAGGAGAGAAUGGGACUGUGGUGUUCUCUCUCUCAGGAUCCUGGGCCCAGCGAUUCUCUCUCCACCCUACAACUGGUGAGCUUCGAACAGCCACUACACUCCGUCAGCGUGACAGGCCAGAGUACGAGUUGAUGGUAUUGGCACAGGACCGUGGUCAUCCUCCUCAGACCACCCCUCUCACUGUCCGUGUCCAGGUGCUGUCUUCCCCCAGUAAUUUACCACAGGUUGACAGCAGUGCCAUCACCUUGCAGUCCAUUGAGGGAACAGCACCGGGCUCCAUCAUUGGGUCGGUGGCCUCCAGUGAACAACCGGUGCGUGGUGCCGGCGAGGUGACCUACACGGUGGUCGGGGGCACAGAUCGGGAUGGCCAUUUCCUGGUCGACAGGCUGGGAGGGGAGAUCUAUGUGGCCCAACAACUGGACUAUGAGUCGGGCUCCCACUACCAGCUGGAGGUCGCCAUUGAUGAUCUGAGAAGUGGCUUCCCUCACCGCACCAUCGUCCUAGUGGACAUCGACAUCCAGGACUUGAAUGAAUACCCUCCCCAUUUUGCCGAGGAUCCCAUCACCAUCGUCAUCAGUGAGAAUGUCGACAUCGGCGCCUCCAUUUACAGCUUCCACGCUAUCGAUAAGGACGGGAGCGGUCCCAACAGUGAGGUGCAAUACUCACUGCUCCACCAGACACCCCCAGAACCCCAGCUGCGGCUGGAUCCGGUCUCAGGGGUGCUGACGGCUGCAGUGCCCAUUGACCGGGAGCUCACUGCCUCCUUCCUCCUUGUAGUCCAGGCCACAGACCAGGCCGUCAACAGCAGCCAACGCAAGUCCUCGGCGGCCACCGUCCGGGUCCUCGUAGCCGACAAGAAUGACAACAGCCCGCAGUUCCUGUCACCCACGAUGGUCAGCGUGCUGGAAAACCGGCCAGUCGGAUCAGUGCUCUGUCACGUCAUUGCUCAGGAUGUCGACCUGGGAGAGAAUGGCCGGGUUACCUAUCGCAUCAAGUCAGGGCACGGACACACACACUUCCACCUCAGCCCAGACACAGGAGCGCUGUCCAUUGUCAAGGCUCUGGAUUGUGAAGAACAGUGUUGGUUCAACCUAACAGUGGAGGCAUCUGAUCACGGCCCCGUGAGCCGCACUGCCAGUCAGCCUCUCCACAUCCAGGUGAUUGACAUCAACGACGAGGUGCCGAAGUUUGACCAGACAGCAUAUGAGGCUCGAGUCACUGAGAACCAACCUCCAGGCACCCUGGUUAUCCAACUACAGGCUACUGACAGAGACCAAGGUUCCAACGGGCUCCUGAGGUAUGGUGGGGUGGUGGAUGGGAGCUUCUCCAUUGACCCAGUCUCAGGAGUUAUCAGCACCAGCCGGACAUUGGACAGCGAGGAGCAGGAUCUCCACCUAGUCACAGUGUAUGCCAAAGACGGUGGAAUUCCUCCAAACUUUGCCACGGUGACAGUUUGCAUCAGGGUUGAGGAUGAAAAUGACAACAUCCCACAGUUUGACAAGGACGUAUAUCAGCUGCAGGUGCCAGAGAACCAGCACCGUGUGAUGCUGUUCACAAUUAAGGCCACGGACAAAGAUUCUGGUGAAAAUGGUCGUGUGGAAUAUGGGAUCGUUGAGGGUGAUCCAAGUGGGCACUUUAGCAUCGACAGGAGCAGUGGAGUCUUGUCCACAAACACAGGUCUGGACAGGGAAUCAAUGUCACUCUAUACUUUGACCAUUGUGGCAUGGGAUCAGGGAAAGCCCCAACGCAGCAGCUCAGUCUCUGUCUUUGUACACGUGUUGGACAUCAAUGACAAUUCUCCCACCUUCAAGGAGUCGACCUACAUGGCCGAGGUCCAAGAGGACAGUGCGGUUGGCACUGUGGUUGUCCAAGUCCUUGCAACUGACGCCGAUGCAGGUUCCAAUGGAGAGGUGUUCUACUACCUGAGCAGCGAGUCACUAGGUAUGUUUGGCAUCGACAAGAUGGGAAAGGUCAGCACGGCCAUGCCCCUGGAUCGGGAGAAGCAAACAUCUUAUACAUUCCUGGUCCAAGCUGUGGACUCUGCACCCUCUCAUCCUAGGAGUUCCACCACUCGGGUAGAAGUUGUUGUGAAGGACGUUAAUGACAAUUCUCCGCACUUCCUCAUUGACCCACUCAUCGUAAACAUCUCCAAACACACUCCAGUCAACCAGGUGGUGGCCACCAUGAAGGCAGAGGACAAGGAUUUUGGUGCCAAUGCCUCCAUAUUCUAUCGUUUCUCCAGUGUGGUUGCAGGGUUCAGCAUCAAUUCCUUCACUGGAGAGAUUCGCCUGAUGAACUCGGUGAGCUCAAUGAGUCUGAGUGAGCGCACGUUGUUUGUGGUGGCCACAGACCAAGGUUCACCAGCUCGCUCCUCCACUGGUGUUGUGAUGGUUUACCUCAAGGAGGAGCGUUACCAUGGCAUCCGUUUCAGGCGCAGCAUCAGCGAUGUGGCUCUGGCUGAGAAUUCCGCUCCAGGCACAUCUGUGGUCAAGGUUCAAGCCCAGCAUCAGAAUGGCUCCAACAGAGGAAUCCUCUACAGCAUCUUCAGUGGGAAUGAGAGAGAUGCCUUCACCAUCCGCUCUCACACUGGUGACAUCUCCAUUAAGAGUUCGGCUGGACUGGACUUUGAGGAAGCACCCCGCUUACGCCUUGUUAUUAAGGCCGAAUCAUCAUCUUCAGCCGUCUUCACCUCCGUCACGCUGGUUCUCCAGGAUGUCAAUGAUAACCUGCCCCACUUCCAGCAGCAGAAUUACGUGGCCUUUAUCUGGGAGGCUCAGGGCUACAGCACACCUAUAAUGCAGGUUAUGGCAAAUGACUUGGACCAGGGCCAGAAUGGCCAGGUGACCUAUUCCAUCGCAGCUUCACCUCAAAGUGAACUCUUCCACAUCAAUCCACUGACUGGAGACAUCAGCACCGCUGCCAUCAUGGACAGAGAGAUCUGGCCUCAGACCCGGUUGCGUCUAACAGCCACUGACCGGGGUACACCGAGGCUUGUGGGCACAGCCACUCUCACCAUCAUCAUUCUGGACCUGAACGACAACAGCCCCACCAUCCCCUUACCUCAUGAGGUCCGGGUAUCAGAGAACGCUGUGAUCGGCUCAGAGAUCACCAAAGUGACAGGCAACGAUGUGGAUUCUGGCCCAGUGCUCACCUACACUCUGGCAACUGAAAGCACCGUGUUCAGCAUCAACCGUUACCAUGGAAUCAUCUCACUGGCAGCUGGCUUGGACUUUGAGCAGCGCACCUGGUACCUGUUGACUGUUCGCUCCUCUGAUUCCAAGCACAGCACUGAGGCAAACAUCACCGUCCGCGUGGAAGAUGUCAAUGACAACACUCCGGUCUUUGUGCAAGAUCUGUACCAGGUGUCAAUAUCAGAGUUCACCCCCCCUGGGACCAGCAUUCUAACUGUCACAGCUACAGACAGGGACUCCGGAGCAAAUGGACAGAUCCUCUACCAUCUGAUGACCUCAGAGAGGGGGCUGUUUAACAUUGACCCUCACAACGGGACACUGUUCACGGUGCAGGAGCUGAACCUCGGAGUGUCGGAGUCCAUGGACCUGGUGGUUGAGGCCCGAGACCAGGGGUCUCCGGAACUUUCCUCCCACAGCACGGUGCGGAUCCAGAUCCUGGACAUCAAUGACCACUGGCCGUCCUUCAGCCAACCUGAGUACCGGGCCCAGGUCUCAGAAGACCUGCAGCCAGGAAGCACCAUCCUGACCUUCGAGGCCACUGACCUGGACAGCUCGCUGGACAACAGUGGUCUGGACUACACCAUCAUCAGCGGCAACACAGCCAACGUCUUCCAGAUGGAGAGCUGGUUACGGCGCCAGGGCACCAGGUGGUGGACGCUGGGCAGCAUCGUGCUGGCGGAGACCCUGGACUUUGAGGCGGUGUCCAUCUACAAUUUAACCAUCGCGGCAUCGGACCGCGGGAUCCCUCGCCGUAGUUCCACAGCCUCGGCGGUCAUCAGUGUCCGUGACGUGAACGAUAACGCGCCAGUGUUCAGCCGUGCUCGCUACGAGGUGACAGUGAGCGAGGCUGCAGCGGUGGGCAGCGAGAUUGCCCGGGUGUCUGCAAGCGACACAGACUCCGACAGCAUGCUGCGGUACUCCAUCAGCUCUGGAGACGCCGGGGGGCACUUUGUGGUUAGUGAGCUGACCGGAAUAAUCAGGCUGGCUAAAGCCCUGGACAGGGAGGUGCAGCAGCGCCACGAGCUGAUCAUCCAGGCCAGCGACAGUCGGGCUGCCGACUCCCACUUCGCCCUGGUCCUGCUGUCCGUCCGCGUCACCGACGUCAAUGAUAACUGGCCCGUCUUCCCGCUGAGCAGCCUGAGCGCCAGCAUCCGUGAGAACCUGCCGCCCCGUUCACUGGUCACCACACUCCGUGCCAUAGACCUGGACUGCGGCUCCUUCGGUCAGCUGCGGUACUCGCUGGUCAGCCGACUGGGAUCAGGCCAGGGCACCGAACCCUUCACCAUCCACCCCAGCUCCGGGGAGCUGCGCACCAACCUGCCCUUCGACUUCGAGAGACUCAACGCCCUGCAGGUGGUGGCCAAGGCCGUGGACUCGGGCAACGCCUCAGCCACCGUCACGGUGCAAGUGCUGGUCACCGGCGAGGACGAGUACGACCCGGUCUUUACCGAGCUGGGCUACAGCUUCGUCGUGCCAGAGAACGCCCAGAGGGGCUGGAGCAUCGGGCGGGUGGUGGCCACAGACGAGGACCAUGGGCUGGAUGGGGUGGUGCUCUACUCCCUGCUGACACCGUCCCAGUACUUUGCUGUGAACAGGAGCACCGGUGACAUUGUGCUGAAGGUGGACAGCCAGAGGCACCCGGGGAAGCGGGCCAAGAGGGAAACACGUACGAUGACCCUGAACAUCCAGGCCAGGGGUCCCCUGGCUGAGUCCCGCUCAGCACACACCCAGGCCAGCAUCGAUGUCACCUACACCUCGUUCGGACUGGCUCCGGUGGUGAACCCGCUGCUGAUUGGUGCCCUGGCAGCUUCGCUGGGCAUCGGGGGGAUGCUGGCGGUCAUCGGCCUGGCGCUGGUCAUCCUGCGAGCCAAGAGGAAGAGGAGCCUGGAGGAGAGCAGCUCCCACAUCAGCAGCCUGCAGGACAAGACGCUGCAGAAGCUGGCAGCAGACGACACGCUGCCCGCCAGUGACCGCAUCUACCACCAGGCCCUGCCGGGCUACUCCUCUGGGCCCACCAUGGUGGGGGCCCCCUACAGCCGUGGCGAUUCCAUCGACCCCUCACACUCCAGCGGCCGUGGCUCGGCAGAGGCUGAGGCAGCCGAGGAUGAUGAAAUUCGGAUGAUCAACGAGUACCCGCGGGUUGGCAGCAUCACCUCCUCCAUGCAGGAACACGUGUCCACACGUGGCCCCGACUCUGGCAUCCAGCAAGAUGCUGACCAGAUGUCGGACAUCUCCACUGACCCAGGCAUGGACUGGCUGAAGCAGAAGAAAGGGACCAAUGUACUGAUGCCAGGGCAGCAGCAAGUGUUUCGGGACAAUGGAGGAGGGUACACCAUGGCAGGAGUGGGGCUGGGGGUCUGUCACGCCAAGGACUAUGUCUUUGCAGAAGAUGGGCGCCCAUCAGCACAGGGAUCACUAACGGCCAUUGUGGCCAGUGACGAGGAGCUGAGAGGCAGCUACAACUGGGACUACCUCCUCAACUGGUGCCCACAGUUCCAGCCAUUGGCCAAUGUCUUCACUGAGAUCGCCCGCCUCAAGGAUGAGAGUGCUCCUCGCAAACACCUGCAGGCCAAACCGAACGUGGACCCCAAGCCAUGCAUCGAUCCUCCACCACUCAUCACCUCCGUGGCUCACCCUAACGCCAUGUCUGUGCCGCCUCGACUAGCAGUGGGACGUAACCACAGUCACGUGCCAGCGAUGCCUCGUUCACCCAUCACCAGCGAUGCCUCUAUCGCCUCAGCAGCCAUGUCGCCCAGCUUCUCGCCAUCCCUCUCUCCCCUGGCUGCACGUUCUCCAGCCGUUUCUCCCUUUGACGUCUCCCAAGCACCAUCAGCCUCUGUCAUUAGCACUGAACACUCCCUGGACAACCCUGAGGAACCAGAACUGCGCAUUUGAUUCGACAUGGCCCACUGUCACAAACCGACUCACAUUCACCAGGUGUGGAGCUUGAGCUGAGAUCUGAGGAGCAGACCUCAAAACUGGGAACUGGGGAAAGAAAUAGCAGUACGUGUCAUUCCAAGAAACAAAUCCAGAACAAAUCUCCAUGGGUUAAGAUCCAUCGAAUAAAAUUUCUUAAUAGUUCACCAGCAUGUGAAGAUCAGACACAAGCAAAUCCUGGAACUCGGAGACCAAGAGAGAGGAAGAUGUAGUCAGGCAAUGUGAAUAGUGCCCUUGAAUCAAAGAAUGGGGCAAAAAUAGAUUAUUGACAGUGUAGAGGGAGCUUCACUCUGUGUCUGACCCCAGGAGUGUGUGAUGGGACGGUGUAGAGGGAGCUUCACUCUGUGUCUGACCCCAGGAGUGUGUGAUGGGACAGUGUAGAGGGAGCUUCACUCUGUGUCUGACCCCGGGAGUGUGUGAUGGGACGGUGUAGAGGGAGCUUCACUCUGUGUCUGACCCCGGGAGUGUGUGAUGGGACGGUGUAGAGGGAGCUUCACUCUGUGUCUGACCCCAGGAGUGUGUGAUGGGACGGUGUAGAGGGAGCUUCACUCUGUGUCUGACCCCAGGAGUGUGUGAUGGGACGGUGCGGAGGGAAUUUCAUUCAGUGUCUGACCCCAGGAGUGUGUGAUGGGACGGUGUAGAGGGAGCUUCACUCUGUGUCUGACCCCAGGAGUGUGUGACGGGACAGUGCGGAGGGAGCUUCACCCUGUGUCUGACCCCGGGUGCAUGUGAUGGGACGGUGUGGAGUGAGUGUGUGGUGGGAGGAUUUGAUGGGCCUGUUAGUGAUGGGGCAGCACAAAGCUUUUGAUGUGAGCUGGGUUUAAGUAAAACAGUCUGAGGAAGUCAAAGUGGACCUUGGCAAAGUUUUGGGAUCUGGAGGUCUCCAAGGUCAAGUCUGAGGAUACUGUCACAAUGCCCCCAAUGGUGAAAUACAUGUUGGUUGGGGUGAGCAUCUCCUUUAGUUUGGAUUAGAGUGAUCUGUCGCCUUGAAUUGGCUCCAAUUUAACUAUGAGGGGAAAUAUAAUUAAUUUGCAAUUGGACAUCUCUUCCCUGUUUCUGGAGAAUGAGACGAUUAGAGUACCUUCUUGUCCUAUCCUCUUUGAACUCUCACCUUGUGAGCUCUGCCUCAGCUCUAACACACCCCAGACUGAAUGGAAUUACUUUGCUAAAGAAAAACAGUUUUACAUUUGGUGAAAUCAUGAAUGUGUAAAUAUGUCUGGCGUUCCAUCUGGGCUUGAGCCGCGGACACUGGCGGGGUUGGGAACUUUGCACACAUGUUGGUUGUGUGUGAGAGCUCCCAUGUUAUGUAACAUUCAGUAUCAGUGGGGCAUCGUUACCUGACAGUGUGAUUGUGCUCACAGACAAUCCGUGACAGUGACGAUGUUUGGGUCAAUCAGUGACAGGGUGUUUAUGUGGCAGACACCUCUCCAGGAACCGGGAGAAGCAGCAGAGUGACUGUGGCAUCCACUGCAGACAAUGUGGCACUGCCCUGGGUACAAACAAGCCUCAAGGUCACUUCAGGACAACCUGAGGUCAAUGCAGAUUAGGUUUCUAUCUUUAAGGAUGUAAACUCUCAUUUUCCUAUUGUUAUGGUUAAUUUGCACAAGUUUUGUGUAAAUAGUGCUUGCAAAUUAGCUGAUAACUGACGAAGGACAAACACCCCAGGAAGGAGGCAAAUUUCAGCAGCGGUUGAUGUCACUACCGCCAAUUACGUGUUUGUUUAAUUUUUUAUUGUUUCUAAAUGCUGGAUGAUGAUUGGUCAGACAACUGCAAUUCCACAGCAACCACCCCGGAGACAAGCAGCUCCUGCAGCGAAGCCAGAGUCAAUGCUUUUCCCAGAGCUUCCACACUCCCCAUCCAACUGUUCCCGAGGCUCAGGUACAGGGGAAGUGGGAAGAUGGUCAGAGACAUGCACCAGUGCAGGGUCAGCAGGGAUAUUCACUGGACAACAGGACACAGUGCACAGUGUACCAGAGCAGACCCGGCAUUGCCCCCUAAAACUGACCCUCACUGGGGAUCAGGUCCCAUACACACACUGGCCCUCACUGGGGGACGGGUCCCACACACACACACUGACCCUCACUGGGGGACGGGUCCCUCACACACUGACCCUCACUGGGGGACGGGUCCCUCACACACUGACCCUCACUGAGGGACGGGUCCCUCACACACUGACCCUCACUGGGGGACGGGUCCCUCACACACUGACCCUCACUGGGGGAUGAUACCACACUCAGUGCCAUAGAUAUUUCCCCCGAUGUUUUUAGAUUUCCGUUGGCAUCAGUGAAUUCAUGCAAGUUGAUAAAUCUUCUUGUGUAAUCCUUAACCGAGCAUUAGAGCUCAUCACCGGGAUUUACGGGGCAAUGAUCAGGGGCAGGAACCCAGGUCAAACCCCCUUUAUAUAAUCCAGGGAAGACUGUACUGUAAUCAGGGACAGGAACCCCGGAUAUUUUUCUCACUAGUAACACAUGAGUCAAUGUACAGUAAUUGGAAGCAGGAACCUGGGCUGAAACCUCCCCCCCCCCAACCCAGAGGUCACUGGUCAGUGAUGGGGAGCAGGAACCCUGGCUGAUAUCCCCCACUGUCUCUCCCAUCCAAUUUCUGCUGGGCAGGCGAUCCGUAUCCAGGAGUUGAUUCCCUGUGGGUAGUGUACUGAACACUGGGAUCCUUUGGAGCACGACAUUGUCCUGUGCAUUCUGUUCUAAAGUCGUGAACUGGCGGGCUGAAUGCCCUGCUUUGUUGCUCUGUCUCUGUGAUAACACAAUGCAGUGUAUGAGUGGGUGGUGAGGGCAGCUGAGGAUGGCUGUCUGUGGCCACCCCACUGGCAUACCACAGCACUGGCAUACCACAGCACUGGGCAGAUCACUGCACUGGCAGACCACAUCACUGGGAAGAUCACUGCACUGGCAGACCACACCACUGUAUGAGCACAGCACUGGCAGACCACACCGCUGGGCAGAUCACACCACUGGCAGACCAUACCACUGGUCAGAUCACACCACUGGUGGAUCACACCACUGAGCAGACCACAUCAUUGGCAGACAACAGUUCUGGCAUAGCGCACCACUGGCAGACUACAUCACUGGCAGCCCGCACCACUGGCAGAGCCUGAGGAAACUGAACCAGUGGUAAUGAGAGAUUUCCCCAGAGUUCCUGCCUGACCCCAGUGGAGGAGAGGCUAACUCCAGGGCAGGUGGGACUAACCCCAGUGGAGUCGGGGGGUAAACCCAGUGGGAGGAAGCAGGGAAUGGAUUCCAGUGGAAGGUUGAUGUAGUGGACAGUUUUUACCUGGCGAAUGUUUCAGCAGUGAGCAGAAGAUUCAACGGCAAUAUUUAUUUUUACACUUUGUAAUAUAAGAGCUGUGUUUUGUAUUCUGAUGUAAUAGAAGUGCAUGACUCUAUACUGGAGGGAGCAGCUGUUCACGGGCACCUGCAGGGACACAGGCUUUGGUCUGUCUCCGGAGCGGCUCGGACCAGCUAUUAU